GUAGUCGCAGGUCUAAAGGAAUUGGCAACCCAUACCUCAAAGCGUUGAAAAUGCCUCAUUGUUCCAAUUUAAUUCAUAUUGCGAUAUGGUUCCAGCUAGCUUAUGAGGCAGAGACACUAGAAAGAAAUAAGAUGUUUGCGACAGAUAUGUUUUAUAGCUAUCAUCAUAGUGAGCCCAAAGCUGCAAAUACUUUGCAAUAAAAGUAUCAUUAUCUCAGGCACAAAAUCAUGGGAUAUUGCUGAGGGCCUUUGGCAUCAAGUGCAUGCUGCCUACUCAUAGAAAGUUUGCUUGGUUCAAACAAAACAUAUUUAUCAAAACUUCUUUGCCUAGAAAGAUUACUGUUUGCGUUACCACAUAAAAGGAUCGCUUGUUACGAUCAACCGCCGCCAAGCGUCUACCCGCCCGCAACAACUUUGUGCGCCAACAGAAUGAAAUCGCAAGAACUAUCAAGGAAAAUAACAUAGCUUGCGUAGAAAUUAUCGGAUAAGCCGCUGACAGCAUAAACACUGGUGAAAGGCGCACUGAGGCUGCCUUUCGGUGCGAUUAUGCGGUAGAACCACAUAACACUUUCAUUGAAACAUGGAAUUUGAGGCUGUGUAAUACUUAAAUACGCGCAUGUUUCCCCUUCUCCUCUUGAUUCGCUACUUUUUCCUUCUUCUGUGACACAAAGAUGGAGGACGAAAACGGAGCAUCCAACGUACAACUUCCAAGUUCUGAGCAUGAAGACCUUAUCGAAGAAAGGUCCAACGAAAAGUUCCCAAUCAUUGAGGUUUGCGAGAUUAGUGCUCCUAACACUUCAGGAAAUGUUACUCCAGAAAUCGUAACUGCAGAAGAAGAUUCUUCAGACGUUGACAUGUGCUCGGACGAAAACUCUCUAUCCAACGAAACUCGCGACAUUGAGGUUACUCAGCACAAUCCAGGUGACGAUACUGCAGAAAACGCAUCUCAGGAGAAAGAGCUGCCCAAUGCGCCCGAUCUUGACUUGCAGUUCUCCACGACAGAUAUCUCCGAGCUAGAAAUUUCCGAGCCAGAACCUUCCGAGCCAGAAUUUCCUGAAACCAAGCCCCUUCAAAUCGAAGUUACUCAACUCUCGGAAAAUUUACGUGAAACCAUUGAGAUUGAGGUUUCUCAACUUUUGAGCCCCUCACCUGAGCCCAUUGAGAUUGACAUUCCGGAACAAUCCGACUCUUCACCCGAGCUAUCCGAGCCACCCAAUCAAGGACUCCAAGAUCACAGUGGAUCCGACGCAGACAACGAAUGUUCCGAUGGAGAAACCACUCGAGUCCUUGGAGAUUGGCAGCUUCGCCAACUGGCAGAGAACGCACUUGAAAUUGCUAUUGAUGUCUCUACACCAAAACCUUCAGCACCAUCUCUAGGCGACCCAAACAUUUGCAAGCCCCGAACUCCACUUCCAGAACGAGUGUGGCACCCAUCAUCAAGCGACCCCACGCGACCGAACAAACCAAAAUGCCCCCCAUGCGAACGAAAGAAGAAGAGAUUUGAUUGUUUGGGGAGUCCGCCCUGCAAUGAGUGUAGCAAGAGGAAUAUGACGGCCGAGCAAUGUGCUUCGUUUGCAUUGGUGAGGAGACGAGGAAAGAGAAGACUGCAAGAUGAUGAGGGGAUGGUUACACAAAAAGCUGGAAAGAGAGGAAAAAGAAGAUGAGGAGCAUUUCAGGAACUUUACUAUUUGUGAAAAAAUGGUUCGCGAAGAAGGACCGAGUCUAGAAUGAAUAAAUUUGGUAGCAAUUGCUAAAAAUUUCGUAUCUUUGAGAGCCGGUAUGGUAUGUGGUUUAAUGUUGGUUUAAUUUCAUGCUUAUCCGAGGAACUGAUGUCAAUUGGUGGAAUAAUUGUUGCCUCGUUUGAUUUCAAAGCCUUGUAAGCAUACUCGGAAUUUAAUUUGACCCUUUCUUUCCUAUCACAUUUCUCGAUAGACACAGGAUGAACAUCAUAUGUGAGUAAUGGUUGAAGCCUAGUGAUAGACAAACAAAAUCGGCAUAUCGCAAAGCGAGUGAAGUGAGCCAAUAUCGUAUAAGGUGUAUUUGGGGUCAAGUCCAUUUCGAAUUCCAUUCGUUAUAUAAAAGGCCCGAUGAAAUUGUGCAACAUUCAGAGUAGUACAAGUACAUGCGACAGCACGAAACAGAAAGGAUGUUGAGAUUCGUAUUUGCCGACCUUCAAAAAGGUGGGGAGAAUUUCAUUGGACGCUGCGGUAUAUGCGCAUCUCGAAAAGUCGAGAAGAUGGCACUGCAGAUAGACGUUUUAUGCCUCUGUUUCAGGAAAUGGUGUUACUGUAACCUAGAGCACGAAACAAGGAGU